AAUGCUCUUUUUGCUCAUUCGUUUUUUGGCAUUCUUUUCGAAAAUUUGUUUAUCAAAUUAAAAACAAAAAAUAAUAUCGAAAUGGCUCGUACCAAACAAACAGCCCGUAAAUCAACUGGUGGUAAAGCACCACGUAAACAAUUGGCAACCAAAGCUGCCCGAAAAUCAGCACCAGCAACCGGUGGUGUAAAAAAACCACAUCGUUAUCGUCCCGGAACUGUUGCUCUUCGUGAAAUUCGUCGAUACCAAAAAUCGACUGAAUUAUUGAUCCGCAAAUUGCCAUUCCAACGAUUGGUUCGUGAAAUCGCUCAAGAUUUCAAAACCGAUCUUCGAUUCCAAUCAUCGGCUGUAAUGGCAUUGCAGGAAUCAUCCGAAGCUUAUUUGGUUGGUUUGUUCGAAGAUACUAACUUGUGUGCUAUCCAUGCUAAACGAGUUACUAUCAUGCCGAAAGAUAUUCAAUUGGCUCGUCGAAUCCGUGGUGAACUUUUCAUUUUUGCUGUCAAAAAUUUCACCAAAUUUUCCAAAACAAAAAAAAUCAUGUCUGGCCGUGGUAAAGGUGGUAAAGGUCUCGGUAAAGGUGGCGCUAAACGUCAUCGUAAAGUUCUUCGUGAUAAUAUCCAAGGUAUCACAAAACCGGCCAUUCGUCGAUUGGCUCGUCGUGGUGGUGUCAAACGUAUUUCCGGAUUGAUCUACGAAGAAACUCGAGGUGUCCUUAAAGUUUUCCUCGAAAAUGUUAUCCGUGAUGCUGUUACCUAUACCGAACAUGCUNGAAAACAAUUGGCAACCAAAGCUGCCCGAAAAUCGGCACCAGCAACCGGUGGUGUAAAAAAACCACAUCGUUAUCGUCCCGGUACGGUUGCUCUUCGUGAAAUUCGUCGUUAUCAAAAAUCAACAGAAUUGUUGAUCCGCAAGCUACCAUUUCAACGAUUGGUUCGUGAAAUUGCACAGGAUUUCAAAACUGAUCUACGAUUUCAAUCAUCAGCCGUAAUGGCAUUGCAAGAAGCAUCUGAAGCUUAUUUGGUCGGUUUAUUUGAAGAUACCAACUUGUGCGCCAUCCAUGCCAAACGUGUUACCAUUAUGCCUAAGGAUAUCCAAUUGGCUCGACGAAUUCGUGGCGAACGUGCCUAGACAUAAUUUUUACAUUUCAUUUUUUUAACCCUUCAUUUGUAUACAAAAAAACGGUCCUUUUUAGGACCACAUUUUUAUCCGAUUGAGAUUUGAGUAUUUUUUUUUUUAAUCAUUACAAUGUGAAUAAAAUAAUUUUUUUAUC